AUGAGUGGCGAUCUGCUUGGGGAUAAAAAGCUUGUGAAUGCCGCAUGUCUAGACCUUUUUCUCCAGGAGUUGGUCCCCACUUCAAUUAGAGUGUCUCAGAAUUUAAACGACUCUGCUACCUCGUCCCAAUCAUCAACAUCUAAAGAAGAGUCCGUAGAACCCACGCUAAUAGAUCUGCAACUAUCAACAAUUAAAGGAGACCUUCCCGGCGGUGUUGAAGUGUUUGAAUCUUCGCUUAUAUUUUCUGAUGAUGUCACUGUUCGAAUAGAGACUUACGGGUUCAAUCUAGGCAUGAGACUUGCUGAACUUCUUAUGUUCCAUGGAGCUCAAAGUAACACAUAUAACAAGUUUGUCGACGUGUUAGAGAUCUUGAAGUUUGUUUGUCGGGAUGUUUGGUGGUCACUUUAUGGUAAAGAAAUGGAUAAUUUAAGAACGAACCACAGAGGAACAUUUGUGUUGGUUGAUAGUAACUAUAAGUUGAUUUCAAGAAUAAAUAGUGCUAAGGGCUUUUCAGACACUUUAACCAAGUCAAAAAUUUAUUUGUGGUUUCCAUGUGGAGUUAUUAGAGGAAUAGUACUGAGUUUUGGCAUUGACUGUGAUGUAAGUGCAGAGAUAACUAAGUUUCCAGCAGUUACAUUCAACAUUAAAACAACCAUAAAUAAUUAG